UUAGUUUAGUUCAAUUUGAAACGUUUGGUAAAUAAGUGCAAAGUGCGCUCGACGACGCUUUCUUACGUCCACAGUAAGAAUACCGAGACCGCAGAUUUUUUUUUGUAUAUCGUGCGUGCGCGUGUGCUGCAAAAUGCAAUGAAACCGUUGUGUUUUUGUGUGGCGUAGAGCAAAAAUUAAACUAAAAUAAUUGUAAAAUUAUAUAAAAAGGAACUUGGCUUGCUUGCGGCUAAGCGUGCGCAGCGUUGCAUUUGGUUUAUUUAUGACAACCGAAAAAUCGAAUAUUUUUUUAACAAAUUUGUAUGUAUUUGUGUAGCCGGCAGUGACAGGAAGCUGUUGUGAUUUGUGAUUUUCUACUUGUCUGCCGCUGGUAAGCAAAGCUGUGUCACAUCGGCUGGCCGGCUGGCGAGCGGGCUGGUUGUCUAUCUAUCUGACUAACCAACUAUCAGUCCGUCUGUCUACUCGUCCCUCCGUCCCGUCUAUUCGUCUGCCUACCGUGUGCCAAAGUUGCGUGCAGAUUUCAAGAAAUUUUAGAAUUUUUUUGUUUUGUUUAUUUUUAGACGCUCGUGAGCAGGCAACGAAGCAACUUUACGAAUGAGUGACACAAAAGUGCUGCAAAAGGCGUAAUAGGCGAACAAGAAAAAUAAAAAAUUAAAAACAAAAUUAAAAACAAAGAACAGAAAAAUCUUUCAAAAAAAAAAGUGCAGAAUGAAUUUCUACUAAACUCUCAGCACAGAACUUUGUAAGAAUAAAAAAAAUAUCAGUAAAGCCGACAUAAUUCCCCCAGACAAUGCCAUUAAAGAAUGAAAAUAUUGGCAGAAUGUUAAAACUGAAAGAAAUAUAAAUUGAAAAUUUUCGUCCCAAAAAAAAUGAUUAAAAAAAUAAUAUAAAGAAAAAAUUGUGAAAAAAUCCAUAAUAGAAUUGGCCAAAUAAAUAAUGUGCUUUUGGCAUAUAUAGACAUACAUACAUAUUUUUUUUAAAUUUUUGUUUCGAUAGCAAAGUGAUUAUUUUUUUUUUUUUUUGGCAAGUGAAAACCGACAAGUGCACCCUAAAAAAAUUAAGAAUAAUAAAUAAAAGCAUACAAAAAAAAAAUAAAAAACGCAUGCGCAACCCUCAAAUGUUUGCAAGUGAACUGUUUUGAGGGUUAAUUGAAACAAAGGCUGAUGAAAAAAAGCCAGCAAAUGCAUUGAAACGGGCAGAUUAUCAAAUAAAAAAGUACAAAAAAACAUAUGUAUAUUCAUAUAUGUAUAUACAUAUACAUAUUAAGAAGAAUUUCUGAAGGUCCUGAGGAUUAAAUUAAAGACUUCAUCGAAUGGCUGUUAGGCUUGCAUAGAUGAACUCGUCAUAAGAAACCAAACAACAACAAUGACGAUAAUACAAACAGCAACAUCCAAAGCAUACAAAAAAGUAAGAGCGAACGUCAUUGCAAGUAGAGCAUUUAAUGGCAGUAAAUCGUAAAACAUUGUUACGAAUGGCCACAGCUGCAGAUGCAGCACUGAGCAAGGCAACAAGCAACAACAAGAAAUAUGUGUGCUACAAAGCAACUGUGGAAAAAAGAGUGCAGCAAGAGAGGAGAAAGGGCAAGGCAGCAGAGGAAUGUGAAAAUAUGCAGCGUGAAAAAUUCCAAGCACAGCAUGACUUGCUGACAACAACAACAACAACAACAAAAAUGGCACUAAACCAAGCAACGCAUACGAAAACAGGAAAAAGAGACUGAGAACAAAGGCUCAGCUUUGCUUUACAUAACAUCAAAACAGAGAAAAAUAAGAAAUAAAACGAAAAAAAAUCAAACGCAAAGACAAGCGAGUGCAAGAAAAAUGAUGCAGUUUUAUUUAGUUAAGGCAAUAAACGCAACACAACACAACAACAAACCGUCAUGGCAAUGUGGCACGAAAGCGAACGGGCGUUGAAGGCUUGGAAUGUACAAGCCGCGCCAUUUACUCGGACCGCCGACUUGCAACACGGUGCACAGCUUACAGCUUGCAACAGUGCAACUCUCAAAGCGAAAGCCGAGCGUACUCAAGAUGCAAACAAAUGACAAAGCUAAUCCAAACAGUAUGCAGUUGCUGAGCUUAUUAUAUGCCUAAUACCGUAAUCAUAACUGUACUUCUCAUCAAAGAAGGAAAAAUAUAAAGUCAGCGCAGCGGUCACAUCCGGUUUGGGGCUCAUUAAAAAUCUAUAAUAAUAAUAAAGCUGGUGUUUCGCCAUGUCGCCGCACGUCACAUCAACGUCAGCAACAUCAUCAGCGACAUUUUGGUUGCUUCAGACGUUACUGCUCUGCCACCGACUUGCAUUGUCGGCAGCCUCACAGUCCUCCUCGCUGGGCGUGCACAUUGUGCGUUCGCCUGAAUCAGCAGUCGCGCCGAAAGGCGAUGAGGUAGUCUUCGAGUGCGAGUUGAAUUUGACGCCGGAGCGCUUGGAAUGGCGAUUUCGUCAUACGAGCGCACGCGCAACGGAUGCCAUGAACUACAAUUACCUGCAUGCGGAGGACGGCCAUAAUAUCACAAAUGAGAACCUUUCCUCGCGUUUGCGCGUUUUCGUCUCGCCUGAGACUUUAGGCGACUACCAAUGCGUCGCGUGGUUUGGCUCCGCCGCAAUCGCUUCGACGCCUGCGCGCCUCACACUCGUCUCCAUAAGCAUUGACAACUCGAAUGGUUAUAGCCGCAAUGCGAUACGUUGGAGCGUGGCGCCGAAAAAUUGCAUACUGAUACGCUGCGGCACGGUCACCUCAAAUCCGCCUGCGGUAUGGAGCUUUUUUCGCAAUGGCGAAAAAGUGCCACAGACUGAGGUAUUGCCUUCGGCGAAUGGCGCGCUCAUACUGAAUUCGGUCUCAUCCAAAGACUCAGGCAACUAUACCUGCUCGGCAAUGAAUGCCAUAACGGGCGUGGAAGUGCGCCUGCCACAACGCAUAGAUUUGCGCGUCGACUAUACCGAUCGCACGCCGCCCUAUUUCCUCAAUCCACCGCCGGCGCAGGUGACUGCGCGUCCGGGCGAAACAGCUGUGCUCGAGUGUCCCGGUGUGGGCUCACCGCCGCCUGAAGCGGUCUGGAGCAGUCCGAAUGUCAUUAAUAUCUAUAACAAUCGUACAAAGAUGCUGCCAUACGGCUUGCAGAUCGCCGAUGUGCUACCCGAGGAUCAGGGUUCGUAUGUGUGUCGCUUAGAUAACGGCAUCGCGCCAGCAUUGGUGCAAAUUAUAAAGUUUAUUGUACUCGAGCCGCCGCAAAUUCUACGCGGUCCGGCGAAGACGCGCACUAACGAGGGCGAUCAACUGGAGUUGGAGUGCUCGGCGGCGGGCAAUCCGUUUCCACAAAUCUAUUGGCUGAUUAACGGCGAAGAUACCUCGCUGGAUAAUGAAACUUUCCAUGAAGAUCGUCGUUUGGCCAUACGACAUGUGCAGAAGCGACAUGCGGGCAUUGUGCAAUGUUUUGCGAAGAACGAAGUGGGCGAGGUGAGCGAAGGCAGUUUAUUGGAAGUAAAUCCGAAGCAAAUACAAGGCGAGGACUCGUCGCCUUUGGGUAGUGUGCCCAUACGCAUGUCAUACGAGCACUCGGGCAACAAGAAUAAGGGCAAACGGAAGCAUAUGAAAAUGCCAAACAUGGUUCCACCUUCCCGGCCGAAUGUCACGCGCUUGGCCGACGACUCGGUCAUGCUGCGCUGGUAUGUGCCCAAGAACGAGGGUCUGCCCAUACAGUUUUUCAAAGUACAGUAUCGCAUGCUCGGCGACUCGACUCGCAAGAUACCGCGCGAAAAUUGGCAGACCACCAACGAAGAUAUACCCUAUGGUAAACGUGAUCGCAUCUAUGAAGGCGUGAAAAACUUUACCUCCUCCGUAACUGGCUUGAAACCAGAUCGUUUCUAUCGUUUUCGCAUCAUCGCUGUCUACUCGAACAAUGAUAAUAAGGAGGGCAAUACAUCAGCGAAAUUCUUUUUACAAAGCGGUGAGGCUUUGGGUCCAACAAAGGCGACGCUACCAGCGCCAGAGCUGGUGCGCGUAGAGCCGCUCUCUGAGACCGCCGUUAUGAUACACUGGACGUUGCCGGCGAAUCCAGUAAAUGUGCCAGAUGGUUUUUAUGCCUACUACCGACUCGCCUCCUCGGCGGGUGAGUACCUCAAGGCGACUGUUGAUGGCCAGCAUACACGGAAAUUCAAAAUUGACAUGUUGGAAGCAGGCACCGCAUACGAAUUCAAACUUCAGUCGUUUAAUGCGCUUGCCGCGUCUGAGUUUAGUGCCAUCUUGCAGGGCAAAACGAAGAAACCUGCUACAACGCCAGCGCCCGCACCACCAGUUAUUAUGACGCCCAUCAAAACGAAGGAGAGCGACAAACCCAAAUACCCCUUAGUGGCGGGCAUUGCCGGCUGUGGCAUACUGCUAGUGGUGGCCAUCGUAGCCGCCUUUCUCUGUAUGAAACGACGCAAUCCGUCGCCACCGGAGGAUGAAGACAAGCCUCAACUGGACCAUAUACAGGCGGACUUUGUGACACCCUCGGUGCUGGGCGUGUCGACGCAUCAUAAAUCCGGUCAUCGUCUGAAUGGCGUCAUACCACGCAUGAACAUCACGCCGAAUCCGUUGGCACAGGAAGCCGAUAAGAAUCGCAACAACGUGAUGGAGCUACGCUUCCUGCCCAACAGCAACACGAACACCAAUAGCGCCAGCAAUUCCGAGAGUGCCAGUAAUUUGAACGCUACCCACGCGCAAACGAGCAGCAGCCAUAAUAGUCUACACCAGCCGUCUUCAGCCUCGGUCAAUGGCAACGCUGAUGCCACCGAUGAAUCGUACACGCUGCCACCGCGCUCUUCCUCGUCCUGUGAGACGCUGGAAGCCAGCGAGGGUAUCUUCAAUGCCAACGAUCCGAACUCGCCACUUUCCAAGCCCUUGCCGCCACUGCCGAACCACAAACCGCAGCACAGCCAACAGCAGCACCAGCACCAGCAGCAAACGCAUACAACCCUACCGAAAAUGACCGGUAAUAAAGCAAAAGCCGCACCACCCGUCACAACGGUAAAUGCAGUUACAACCACAGCAACAGCAAAUGCAAAUCAUGCCACAGCACAUUACAAUCACAACACGAAUGCCAUGCAUUUGCAUACGAAAUCGAACUCAUCCCACUCAUCCACCUCCUCAUCAUUUCAAUCUUUACAUAAUUCACAGGCACACCUCGGCUCGCAUCAGGGUCUACAUCACGCGCAACCCUACCACCCACAUCCCUCAUCGCCCGGCACACCGACGUUGAUGCAUAAGCGCGGCGAUUACAUGUCGCCACCGCAGCCACCGCCGCAUCAUCAUCAUCAUGCCAAUCCAGCGGUUGUCGGCCAACAUCCGCCACCGGUGCCGCCACAUCAGAAUAACAACCACAGUGGUCAUCACAAUGCGCAUCAUCUCUACCAACAGCAACAGCAGCAGCAGCCGCAACAGCAACAACACCACCUACACCAUCACCAACAACAGCAACAACAACAACUGACGCCGGCCAUGGAACAACAACGUCGCACACUGGAACGCAGCGCGCGCAAUCUCCACUAUACGGCGACCGCAGUGCCCGCCAAUGCCGGCCAACCGCACGAUGCCGCCAUGAAUAUCGAUGGCCUGCCAACACGUAUUCCCUCGUUGCGCCGCACACGACGCACGUCCGGCAGUGCCAACAAUAACAACAAUGGCGGUGUAGGCAUACCCAUUGUGCCGGGCAGUCCGCGUGUGCAGCGCUCACCGAUGCCGGCGCGUGCUAUGAUGAAGCGCGGUCGACUGGGCAGUCACAAUGACAACAUGUCCUCGGGCAGUUUGAACAGUAUUGAGGUGUAAACAACGGGCGGGUUUUGUGUGGGUUCGGGGGUUAGUGGGUGCGGGGAUUUGAGGUUUAGCAGAGAGUACCAAAAGAGUGCUUAAUGUGGCGGCGGGGUUUACGUGUAACUAGUAUUAAGUGUUAGUUGUAGUUUAGGGAGAGGGAAAGAGAGGUGCAGAGUAUGCAACUGUUUGGGGGGCAGUAAGAUUGUAGUUUUAGGCAGCAUAACGGUUCUUUAAUAAACAAAUACUUAUUUAAUUAUACAGACAAUUCAAGAUGCCGGGCAGAGGGCGGGGCCUAUAUUAUUUAUAAAGGAAAAUUAAUAAAACUAAAUACAAUAAAAUUAAAUAUGUUCAAUUAAAUUAAAAUGAUAAAAUUAAAAAAUUAAAAGAUUAAAAAAAAAUAAAAAUAAAAUAAAUUAUUA